GCGCCCGCAUCAACCUCGCCUAUCCUUCGGGAUCCGGCGAAUCGACUCUUUUUGUCCUUUUGGGCAUUCCAAAAUUUUCUCACGGAACCCAUUAUCCUCUAGGACGAACCUACGCCCUAAGAACGUCACACCACCUCCCUUAUUUUGCGGUUCAUCCGCCCCCCCUCACCCCCUUUAACCCCUGUCCAUCUUGUUGGCCCAUCUUAGCCAGCCAAGAUUUACAAAAGAAAACUUGAGGGCCGCAACCGAACAUUCCAAGAUUCAGCAAGCCCUCAAAAUCCGGGGAACGCACCACACAACCGCACCCAAUCAUGCCCCACCGCGUAGCAAACUUCCUGCGGAAUUCCACUGAGAACUUCAGUGUUUCUGCCAUUGCAAACCUCAAGACUAAGACCAAGCAACACCAGCAACAUAACCAACCCCGUCACAACAACGUCCAGGACGAAGGCUUGUUGCGCAGAGUCCCUCUUGACCGCCACUCUUCCUACUCCUCCGAUGACGGCGAGCACAUCCCUUACCACAACAUGUUCGCAGCAGAUCCCGCAGACCACCUCAAGGAGAAGAAGCACCACCACCACCGCCUCUCUCUGCCUUUUGGCCGCUCCAACAAGGAUUCACACGACAAUUCACACGCAGGCCUCGACCUGAAGAUCGAGAGCCCGCCCAUCGUUUUCUUUGGCGAUGCAGAGUCCUCUACCGGCGCCCUCGUCUCGGGCCAGAUGCAACUCGAGGUCAAGGAUGAGCAGCUCCAGAUCGAGACCUUUGGCGCCAAGCUCAACAUCCACGUUCAGCAGAAGCGCCCCUUCACCAACCACUGCGGCGAGUGCACCAACCAGUACACGGAGCUGAAGCGCUGGACGUUCCUCACGCACCCCACGACGCUCAAGAAGGGCAUUCACCAGUUCCCCUUCUCUAUCCUCCUUGAGGGCCACCUCCCCGCGUCCAUGGACACGCCCAUCACCUCCAUCGCCUACGAGUUCAAGGCCGAGGCCAUCCUCGUCAAGGGCACGCCCGGCUCGCAGACGCCCAUCAAGUUCGAGCAAAACUUUGAUGUCAAGCGCUCCCUCCCUCAACCCGAGUUCCCGCACCACUCGGUCCGCGUCUUUCCCCCCACCAACAUCAAGGCCAGCGCCCACUACAACCAGGUGAUCCACCCGGCCGGCACCCACAACGUCUCAUUCCGCCUCGACGGCCUCACCAGCGCCAACGCUACCAACAAGACGGUCGAGUUCUGGAAGCUCAAGAAGGUUACGUGGAAGCUCGAGGAGACCAUCAAGACCGUGGCCCCCGCCUGCGAGAAGCACGCUCCGGUCCCUGGCAAUGCCAACAACAACACCCAGCCUCAGCAGAAGGGCGUCGCCCGCACCGAGACCCGCGUCUUGGGCGAGAAGUACAUGCACGACGGUUGGAAGUCGGACUACACCAGCACCGACGGCCACGUCGAGUUCGAGUUUGACUACGGCGUCGUCGCCAGCAAGCACAGCCACGGCCCGCGAUACGCCUGCGACAUGAAGUCGAGCGACGGCACCGAAGUCUCCCACGCACUCAUGAUCGAGAUGGUCGUCUCCAAGGAGUGGGCGCCCGUCGGCAAGCCCCACCUCGCGACGCAGACGGGCACCGGACGCAUCUUGAGGAUGCACUACCACGUGAUGCUCACCGAGUGCCCCGGUCUCGGCGUCAGCUGGGACAACGAGGCGCCGCCCGUUUACCAAGACGUCCCCCCCUCGCCGCCCGCGUACCCCGACGAAGCGGCUCCCGUCGACUACAUGAGCCUUGAGCACCUUGACGGCCAAGCGCACAACGGACUGGCGCAUAGCCGGGAGGGAUCCGUUACCGGCGGAUCCACUACGUCAUGACACCACCACCACCACCACUAGAGGAGGAGAGUCAUGAAAAAAUACUUAAUCAACACAACCAAAAAAAAAACUCACAUACAAUAAUUCUCGAGACGAAAUGAAAAGGAAAACAAAAAGUUAUUGGAUUUAGGAUUUGCUCUUUUUCAACCGCAUUAUACCCCCUGGUUUCCGAACCGGGCGCUU